CACUCGUUAGUUGGCAACUUGGCAUUCUGACGUUUGUUUGUGUUUGAACGUCUUUGUGAUGAUUUAGUCAAAUCUGACGUACAACGCUUUUGCUAUGCUUUCUGCAAUUUUCUCGAGGAUUGUCAUACUGCUGCUGGGCACCCUGUACCCCGCGUACGCGUCAUAUAAGGCGGUGAAGACGAAAAACGUCAACGAAUAUGUUAAAUGGAUGAUGUACUGGAUAGUGUUUGCACUGUUUACAGCAGUGGAAACAUUUGCAGAUGUCUUGGUGUCGUUUUGGAUGCCGUUUUACUACGAGAUUAAGAUUGUGUUCGUGCUGUGGCUGCUGUCACCAGCAACUCGAGGCGCUAGCUUCCUCUACAGAAAGUUCCUUCACCCAACUCUUAACAAAAGAGAAAAGGAGAUAGACGAAUUAAUAGCACGAGCUGGAGAUCAAGGUUAUUCAGCACUAUGGUCCAUCAGUCAUAGAGGAAUCAGCUAUGCCUCUAACUUUGUCCUUCACACAGCCAUGAAGGGUCAGACUGCGGUCAUCAGUCAGUUGAAGCGCAGCUACAGUCUCGACGACAUAGCCGAGCGGCCGCGAGCGAGCAGCCUUGUCGGCAGACCUGCUGAGCCCAUCAUCGACGAAGACGAGGAGAUGAGCGAAGAAGACAACAGAUACGCUGACGAUCAUGAUGCUGAAUAUUCCGACCAAUUAGAUGAGAAGAAAUCAUAUCAUUCCAGUAGAUCAGCUCACCAGAAGAAGGUGGUUUCGAGACAGAGGAGAAGUCCAGAGCAACAUCGUCCUCUCCAGGAGGAGGAUCUUUAUAACGAUCUGAGUGUAGAGCAUGAGCCUAAACCUCGCAGUUCAAAGAACAACAACAGGGUUGAAGGUCCGACCAAGCGGCGAACGAAGAAGACCAGCACGUCUUCGAUCGACGAGAGACAUGCUACACUGCCUCGCACCCGAAAAUCUGUCCGCACGAGUGUGACAAACGUUCAGUAUUGAUGGCGUGGUUGACCAUUGCCAGUGCGCUAACAGCUAUAGAAACAGUGAUCUGUGUGAAUGAUGUCGAGCGUUCAUAAGUUGUUUGUGCAUCGAGCAUAGGACGUACAGCCGUCAUAUGUGAUCCUGCAUCCAGGGCCGUAGCCUGCGGGGGGGGGGGAAGCAGCUGCCCCCUAGAUUUUGGAGCAAAAUUAAAAAAAUAAAUUGUU